GCCUUGCGCGUCGCCGCGGCCCCCGCCCCUCCUGUGUUUGUCACCCGACAGCGCGGCAAAGAGACUGCCAGAGACAGCACACCGGAGAGAGAGAGCCGGAGAGGGGACCUGUGAGACUGAGUUGAAGGCAGUCCCUCCGUUAGUGGCACAGAGACAGAGGCAGGGACAGGGAGACAGCUGAAGUACCUGGCACCCAGGUGCUGAGAGACCGGCAACAUGAACCCCAGCUGCGCCAGGUGCGGCAAGAUCGUCUAUCCUACUGAGAAAGUCAACUGCCUGGAUAAGUUCUGGCACAAAGCAUGCUUCCACUGCGAGAUCUGCAAGAUGACUCUGAACAUGAAGAACUACAAGGGAUAUGACAAGAAACCAUACUGCAAUGCGCAUUACCCCAAGCAGUCUUUCACCACGGUGGCCGAUACCCCAGAAAACCUUCGCUUGAAACAGCAAAGUGAGCUACAGAGCCAGGUUCGUUACAAGGAAGACUUUGAAAAGAAUAAGGGCAAAGGAUUCAGUGUAGUGGCCGACACCCCGGAACUACAGAGGAUCAAGAAAACCCAGGAUCAGAUCAGUAAUAUUAAAUAUCAUGAAGAGUUUGACAAGAGCCGGAUGGGGAACCCAUUGGUGGACGGUGAUGAUUUUGACCGUAGAGGAUCAGACGAUGGCGCUAAUUACCGCAGAUCCUCACAGAGUACUCCCCAGCAGCACCACCCCCCCCCAGCCAGUAGCUCAGCCUAUCCGCAGCAUCAGCCGCAGCCAAAGUAUGGCUACCAGGAACCCGCCGCUCCCGUGUCGUCCCAACGCAGCGCCCCAGCAGGAGGGAAGCGAUACAGAGCUGUGUACGACUACAACGCAGCCGACGAGGACGAGGUGUCCUUCCAAGAUGGCGACACCAUCAUAAACGUUCAGCAGAUCGACGACGGCUGGAUGUACGGAACCGUGGAACGCACGGGGGACACAGGCAUGCUUCCCGCCAACUAUGUGGAAGCCAUGUGACCCGGAGGGCCCGCCUCAUCUCCUUCUCUCCCAGAAUCAUGAAGCAUUCCAGUGCAGCCCUCUCCUGCGUAUUUUGGGAAGGACGGGCUCCGUUCUCUGUAUCUCGGCAAUCUUCUCAUCCUCUCUGCGGCCCCAUUGGCUGUAGGGCGGCUAAUUACCUCUCCGCUUCAAUCUAUUUUCCGAAGGGAUCGAGUUGGGAAAUAUUUCCGUUCCCACAGCCGUUUCCCCCCACUCCUGUAAUGUCCAAUUGACAUUUCUCCCUAUGCGCUUUGCACUGAAUAUAUAUAUAUAAUAUAUCCCUAAUAUAUUAUAUAUAUAAAGUAGAUCAUAAAGUGGAGGCAAAGGGAACCUGAUAAUCUUUUCAGACGAAAGCAUCAGCAUCCUUCCAGUUGGAAGGCAUCGCUGCCCGCUCUGGUCAUCCAAAACGACUUUCUGCAUAUUUUUAUUCUCGUUUUUCCUCCCCCCCCCCCCCCCCUCAAUCUGGGUAAAUGACACUUUGUUCUAUUUACCACGAGAAGUUUAGGAUUUUUACUAUUCACAAAAGCUGUGAUGACCUUGCUGUGAGCGAGCGUGGAUCUUGUUAGCGUGACGGAACUCGGUCCUGCCCCGAGGGCCACAUUCCCCAGCACCGUCAAACAUGAGCGUAAUAGAAGCAGGAUGGUAUCGGCCGCCAUCCAUCAGUAGAAAUCAGUGGCUAAAGGAACCACAAGCGAUUAACGGUUUUAAUCAAUUUGAUUAUGAUUUGAAUCUGCCAACGAGCAGUUUAUAUACCGGUGGGGGCCGCGUCGCCCCCUGUCCCGCCUCAUAGAUAGAGUACGCCCCUGCCACGGCACGUGCCAUUCAAUGACAUUAACAUCGAAACAUAAAGACC